AUGUUCGCGUUCCGUUCACCCAACGGCUACCCCGAUGUCGCAGUUGUUAUGAAAAUGAGCAAGGAAGGGCAUGAAGUAACAUGACGCUUCUUAUUCUCUUAACCACACAUACGCUCAAAAUUUGGACGCCUUCCGCCGAGACAAUUUGAUUAUUCUACAAUGCCGUCCGACGUCCGACAGAUGAAUGUCCCAAGAAAAAAACAAGCUUUGAGGAAGAAUCUGCACGUGUUCCCAUUUUCAAAGUUAUUCAUUGAAAUGAUUUCAACCUGUAUUAUUAUCACAAACAAAAAAGCUGUUUUCAGUUUUCCAUAGCUUUGAAAGAAGACAAGUGCCAGUCAUUUCUGGUGGUGAAAGAAGCAAAGUUUCGAGUCGAAAAAGAUGAAAUAUGGUCCCUGAGGAAGAAACGCGUAGAACUCACAACAAGCUUUCAAUUUCAUUUUUAGGUUGUCGCUGAAAGAAAAAAAAGAUGAACGCAAAAAACUCAUCAAAAUGAUAAUACCGUAACCAAAAAAAAAGUUGUGGACCUCAUCACUUCAAGGUGGAAAACAAUUAACCCGUACGUCCUUCUGUUUCCAAACGCGCGGGAGCGAUCAAAAAGGCCGACGAUGGUGGCACUAAGGUGCUAGCCCGGCGAGCGCGGAAGUUACAACUUUCCGAGUGGAAAGGGAUUUAUUCUCAAUGUGACACCUGGGCGAAAACCCAAGAAACGCUGCGGAACCCUUUUUACUUUGCUUGUUUAGUAAUGACCGCUUUUGAAGCAAAGACCUCUCACCUAGUUGAACUUCCUAUGAGGCCAAACAUAAUUAUUCGGAAAAGAAGACUCUUAGAGGGCAAUAGCAAAGUUGGAAGAAAGGAAGAAAGAAGGCGAAAGCAGGAAAUUCUCAAGAAAGUGAUAUUCAACUGAAACCCUCAUAACGAUAAAUGAACGUGCCGUUGGGAACGCUCCCAAGGUCAAAAAAGAAAGACAAUGAGAAACGUUUGAUUAGCAUAUGAAAACGUUUCGGCGAUUGGCGACUAGGUGGAUUUAGGUUAAAAGGGCUACUGCCUUGGCCGGAUUACUCUAUCAAGCAGGUGUCCCACGCAGUCAUGUGCGUGGCUAAGAACUCGAGAAAGUGUCUGCAGCCUUUAAAAAACUGGCAUGAAGGUUUACUGAGGCGUGCCAUUCGAGAUUUCUAGUCUGAAGGCCGACGGCAAAAAGUUGUAUCGAAAAUUAUUCUGACAAUAAAAAAUGGAUAAAACAUUCGUUUUGUUCUUUUAGUGAGGUUGAAAAUGAUUCUGUAGUUUGAUUCGAAGCUUCUUCAACCGUGAAAAUGGGGGAAAAUCUGUCAGCAAGAUUUAAGCUGUUUUUUUAUGUCAUAGAGAAUCUGUCUUUUAAUAGAUUAUUUGGAUGAGUGUAAUUUUUAAAAAACCUCUGCAAUCAAUCAUCAAAAACAAAAUUUCUCUAUUCAAACAGUCCAUAAAGUCAGUAUUUUUUAUUCAGAACCGUUCUCGUGGCUUUUUUCCCAUGACCGAGAAGGAGGGAGAGAGCAGAAAAAUAAGACUGUUAGGUACCAAGGAGGAUGGGCUACAUUGAAAAAAAAAUUGACCAGAAAGAAAUUUCCUCAAAUGCAGGUAUUACGUAUUGUGAGAUUUAUUGUGAAAUGGGAAACUAACAAAAAAUUAGUUUUUUUUUUUUUCAUUUUCAGAUAAAUAUGCUUAACCAACCAAUUAUAGGUUAAUACGCCUGACAGGUGCCCAAAAAAACAAAACGACAAAAAGGGCGCUUGGCAGUUCACUCAAGCGUAUGAUCUCAUUCAGCUCUCCACACUCGAGACUCGUAAUUAAGUUUGGCUCUUGGCGAAAGUACAGGUCAGAAACACACGAGCCGAAUUGCCACUUGUCCAAAAUAGCCGAUUUCCGAAUGACAUAAGCCGUCAGUGAGUCCGACGCCCAUAAAACGGCAGCCGAAGGCAGCUUUUAACUUGCCAAUAUCUUGAAGCCAGAAAAUUGUAUGUUGACCUUUGAAAAAAUGCCAAAAAUAGAUUUCUUUUUUCAUAAAGAACACAUCUAAAAAAACCUACAAAGUUCGUCGAAAGUAUUUUUUUACACUUUUUUUUCACAAAAAAUCUGUUUUAAGAAAAAAGUUGAAAAGCUUUUUGGUUUCCACUUUUAAAGCCGGAAGCUAUCCAAAUAAAAACAAAGCAAGGAAAAGUUAAACUCGUUGAUUUUUUUUGGUUAAAUUGAUUUGAUAGCACAUUGAAGUUAAGAAGUUCAAGAUAUGUAAUUAAAAGGUUUCUGUCGAUAUGGAAACUGACAGGUGUCCGUUAAAAAUGAUAAGAAACAGAACGAAUGUGCUGAAAGAGACGCUUUCAAAAGCCAGAACAUUGUUCCUUGCAGUCGUCGAUGGAAAAAGGGCACAAAAUGCAAUUUCAUUACAUUUGGAUUUUAGAAGUGCUGCCCCAGAAGGAAGUCGAACGUCGACUCAUCAAUCUCAAUCCAAAGGAAAGCGCGCGACAGUCGUUCCUUACCCGGCUCGAGGUGUUGCGUACGACCUCAUGUCCCCAUAUUUCUGCGCCUCUAAUUAAGUCAUCUUGGCCACUAUCUGGGCAACAUCUCGGGCCGAUAGGUUUCUGAGCGAUCACCUUGUCGCUGGCUUCAACACCCUUCAAUUAUGCCUUCAGGCCGCGGCGCAUAUUCCGUAA